AUCAAAACUACAACCUUCAUUCUUCAGAAUUUGACGUAACUUUUGCAGCCCACAGUUUCAUAUCAUUCCUGAGCGACACAAACACAACCCAGUGACAACACGAUGACCGGCGUUACUCCUGCGGUGACUCGAGCUGACCGAGCGGACGACACACCUGGCGAGUCCCCCGGCUUCCCUAAACAACCUCACAUGACUCGGCCCCGCUGACGGUGACUCUCAGUCCGCACACCAAGCCCGUCGCGCGACAUGCUCCAGCUGUUUGGAUGGACGCUCCAUUCCAGCUGAGCUGAGCUAAGCUAGCUAGCUCCCAGCUAUCCCGCGCCAGAAGAGAGAGCCGGAAACAGCGCGGCCGAACAUGGAAGGCACUCUGCACAAGUGGACCAACUACAUGACUGGCUGGCAGCCGCGCUGGUUUGUCUUGGAGAACGGUGUCAUCUCUUACUACGACAGUGAGGAUGAUGUUGGCAAAGGAAGCAAAGGCUCCAUUAAGAUGUCCGUGUGUGACAUCAAGGUUCAUCCGACGGACCCCACGCGGCUGGAGCUGAUCAUUCCAGGCGAGCAGCACUUCUAUGUGCGAGCAGUGAAUGCAGCGGAGAGGCAGAGAUGGCUGGUGGCGCUGGGGUCCUCCAAAGCUGGAACACUAGACACCCACAAACACAAAGGUCCAGAGUGUCUGAAGACCAAAAUGUCAGAACUCCGUCUCUACUGUGACCUCCUGGUGCAGCAGGUGGAAACCAUCCAAUCCCAGAGCAGCACGGACAUGGCGACCUCGCCGACCUCCGAGGUGUUUCUCCUCAGUGCCACCUGUGCCACCUUCCUCAGGACUCUGGAGGAAUGCAUGACGCUGGCUAACCAGAGCUUGACAGCUGACCUGCGACCCCCCGAGAGAAUGAAACGCUCCAUCAGUCACCCAGGGACCUACAGCUUCGACCGGUCCGGCCAGCUGAAGGAGUACCUGACUGGAGGUCAGAGGUCGACCCAGCGACGGAGCCGAACCUGCUCGGACAGCUCCGUUUACGACUCGGAACGUCUGUUGGCCGGCCCCCACAGCGACUCCUGCUCCAUCCCUGAAGAGUGGGGCAGCGCGAGCCCAAAGACUCCGCCCACGGACACAGACACCGACUUGUCCAUCUGAACCAGAAGCAGCGUCUGAACCAGUCCUGAGAGCUGGGACCAAGUCCAGACACCUGCCAAACACAAGCACCUUGUUCCUCCAGAAGUAGUGAUUUAAAUGGUGUGUGUGUGUGUGUGUGUGUGUGUGUGUGUGUGUGUGUGUGUGUGUGUGUGUGUGUGUGUGUGUGUGUGUGUGUGUGUGUGUGUGUGUGUGUGUGUGUGUGUGUGUGUGUGUGUGUGUGUGUGUGUGUGUGUGUGUGUGUGUGUGUGUGUUUGCUUGCAGCUCAGUGCAGAGUGAAGGUGUGGGGCUGCAGAGUGCAGCUUCAAGUGUGAAGGAGAACUCUGUGGAGUGAGAUGAUUGUAUCGGGCAGCUUCCUGUCAACAUGAGCCGAGUGUGUGGACUCUUG